UCGGAUCUCGUCUCCGUGGAAGCUCUCAAAUUUUUACCGCGUUGGCAUCAUGUCGUCCGGUCGUGGAAAAGGCGCGAAAGCGAAGACUGGCAAGGCGAAGUCCCGAUCCAAUCGUGCUGGACUCCAGUUUCCCGUUGGCCGCAUCCACCGACUUCUGCGAAAAGGUAAUUACGCCGAGCGCGUUGGCGCGGGUGCUCCGGUCUAUUUGGCUGCGGUAAUGGAGUACCUCGCAGCGGAAGUGUCAGAAUUGGCGGGAAACGCUGCCCGCGACAAUAAAAAGAGCCGAAUCAUCCCACGGCACUUGCAACUCGCUAUUCGCAACGACGAGGAGUUGAACAAAUUACUGUCCGGCGUUACCAUUGCUCAGGGUGGAGCGCUGCCAAAUAUUCAGACGGUUUUGUUGCCGAAGAAGAGCGAGAAGAAAGCUUAACUACGAGCACAAACAACUAACCAAACGGCCCUUUUCAGGGCCAACAAUCUGUUCGUGUACGAGGAACAUCUUGUUCGCGUUUGCUUUUCUAUAUGCACGUUUUACUAUUUACACUAUUUAUGUUCGUGCACAAUCGUGCGAAAGUAGAAUAAAAUUGUUUUAUUAUUUGUUUUAGAGCAAAAAUUAUUUGUUUUAAGUAGAGUAAAAAUUAUUUGUUUGU